GCAUAGUUCACCCCACCACCCUUCUCCCUGUAACUAACGAACCAGCAGCCGGAAUUCAUUGGCGGAGUCCCGUCACCGCCAUCGUAACCCUUACCCUAAUCCUGUUCCUUCCAUGGAUAAUUCCUUCACCCGGAUACCCUGAAAACCCCUCCCUUCCCCUCCUCCCGAUGGAUCCCCACAGAGACGGCCACGCCGAGAACGGCCGCCACGAUGGCGACGGUGGCGGCGACGACACCAACGGGCCCCUUCCGAAGCGGCCGCGGCCUUCUCCACCCAUCUCCACCGCUGAGAUCCGCGACGAGUUCUCCCACCACGACCCCGCCGUAGCCCGCGUCAACAACGGCAGUUUCGGCAGCUGCCCGGCCUCCGUCCUCGCCGCCCAGCUCCGGUGGCAGCGCCUCUUCCUCCGCCAGCCCGACGAUUUCUACUUCAACCGUCUCCAGCACUCCAUCCUCCGCUCUCGUGCGCUCAUCAAAGACCUCAUCAACGCGGACGACAUCGACGAGGUCUCCCUCGUCGACAACGCCACGACCGCCGCCGCCAUCGUCCUCCAGCACGUCUCCUGGUCCUUCACCGAGGGCCACUUCAACAAGGGCGACGCCGUCGUCAUGCUCCACUACGCCUACGGUGCCGUCAAGAAGUCCAUCCAGGCCUACGUCACCCGCGCCGGCGGCCAUGUCAUCGAGGUCCCCCUACCGUUCCCGGUGACCUCCAACGAGGAGAUCGUUCAAGAAUUCCGCAAGGCGUUGGAGCUCGGGAAAUCCAAUGACCGGAAGGUCCGGCUGGCCGUGAUCGACCACAUUACUUCGAUGCCGAGCGUCGUGAUCCCUGUCAAAGAAUUGACCAAGAUUUGCCGCGAGGAGGGUGUAGAUCAGGUGUUUGUUGAUGCGGCGCAUGCAAUCGGGAGCAUCGAGGUUGACGUGAAAGACAUAGGGGCUGAUUUCUACACCAGCAACCUCCACAAGUGGUUCUUCUGCCCCCCUUCGGUUGCGUUCUUAUACUCCAAGAAGAGCAGGGCUUCAUCCAAUUUGCACCACCCAGUGGUCUCACACGAGUAUGGGAAUGGUCUUCCAAUCGAGAGCGGGUGGGUUGGUAACCGCGAUUACAGUGCCCAGCUUGUAGUGCCAUCAGUGAUGGAUUUCAUUGAUAGGUUUGAAGGGGGGAUUGAAGGCAUUAGGAAGCAGAAUCACGAUAAGGUUGUGGAGAUGGGGAAGAUGCUGGCUGAGUCAUGGCUCACUUGUCUUGGAUCGCCGCCAGAUAUGUGCUCGAGCAUGAUCAUGGUUGGUCUACCUGGAUGUUUGGGGAUUUCAAGUGAAAAGGAUGCUCUCAAGUUUAGGAGUCUCUUGAGAGAUCGAUUCCAUGUUGAGGUUCCUGUAUAUCAUUGUUCUCCAAAGGAUGGUGAGAAUGGGAGCAGUUCUGUGACUGGGUAUGUGAGAAUUUCUCAUCAGGUGUAUAAUGUGGAGGAUGACUACAUAAGGCUCAGGGAUGCAAUAAACAAACUUGUUCAGGACGGAUUCAAUUGCACAAAGCUGCCAUCCAGUUAGGAAGUUAGAAAGAAUUCUUCUUGGCCAUCUUGCAGCCGCUGGAAGGGAAUCAUGGCUGUUUAGAUAUGGAUUGCUUGUUGUUAGCAGAAAGAGAUCAUUUCUCCCGUUCGUUGCUUAGGGGCCACGCAGGACACUUUCAGUGCUAUUCAGACUGACAGUGUUGUAUUUCGUGUUGACAAUAAACUUCUGCCAUUUGAGAAAUAAAAUAUGUUAAUUUUCAUUGUCAUAAUCAUGGUAUAUCUCAUGAAAAAUUGGUGAGAGAGAUCCUGAGGUAUUUAUAGUGGAUCCAGUACCAUUAACUCUGGAUGGACUGUCAAUUUGUACAGUUCUUAUCUACAUUAGUUGCAU